CCGUUUUAAAUUUCUUGGCUUCUUUUUUUUCUUUUGCUCUUCUUUUUCUAUAUCUUCACCGUUGUCUACAUUGCUUCCUCUUUCACUACUUGCUCUAUGCCAUUAAGAUCUCAACUUACAGCACGGUCAUUCACCGAGAGAGUUGUUGGCCUCUUAUUUCAUGUAUCGUAUUUUUCUCUUUAUAUUAUCAUAACAUAUAUGACAAACAAGUAUAUGUUCGUGGAUGCUGCUCCUAUACUACCGACAGCUUCUUGGGAUCCACCUAAUUUCACCUUGGAUCUGUCUGGUGUCGCCGCUAUCGUGGGCGGAGACGAAGCCGUGGCUGCUACCAUAGCAGCAUAUACUACCGGGAACUCCUGGUUUGUGGGCGGAUACCCUACUCCUGGCGCUUACGUGGUAGCGAAGUUUUUUGGACGGACCUUACAUGGCUCUUGGUGGAAUGGGGUUUUUCCAGGUGACCGCACUGAUCUAGCUACCGCCUUCAGAUUGCAUGGUCCUUCGAAGUUCCAUUAUUACGGGAUAAAGUCCGGAUCGCAGCUCCCGCCCUUUAGCAAUAUUCCGGAUUGCUUAAUUAAUGAAAAGCUCCUGCAAAAGAUUAAGGACAACGAAGAAUUGGUCGCUAAAGGUCAACCCAGUAAUAUCGAUCUCAAAGAAUUCAAGGGAAGAAUUCACAACAUCACAAAGAAAGGCGAACGUGGAACAGACUGUCUAAUGUACAUUUUCACCGCGGAAAACGGCUGGCAGAACGGAGAUGAAGUCAAUGUCACACCUAAUCGAAUCCAUAUGAUAGUUGGUCUCUGCGCAUCUUUACUCAAUGCUGGUAUUUGUGUUGUUCUUGCCCUCAUGAAUGACUGGUUUGCCUUCUCUAUUAUUAUUCUUGGAAUGCUGGUUAACUUUCUGUUUAUGGGAACCGUGAGUUCUUGCAAGAUUACUGUGAAAAAGCACAACAUCAAAGAACCCAAAACCAUCCCUCCUGGACAUGGCAUUUUCUCUCACAAAGAUAAUAAUGUAAUCAUGGCCAUUUUCGGAGACGAAAUUUCUGUCAACAGCAUCACCAAGACCAGGCUUGAGGUGGGGCCGAAACGAAAAUCUUCCAAUUUCAAGCUUGGUAUUUGCUGUAUAACCAUGUACAUGCUGUUCCUGGCUCAGCUUAUUAUUCCCGCUCAAGCAAGCCUCAUGGGACAGAUCUUCUUUCUCGCCUCUUUGCUAAUUGGUUGGUUUUCAAAUGCAUAUUACUCUUCUUUGGAUGCAACCAAGGCACAGCGUCAAAUUGUAAAGGAAAACUGUGGAGCUAAAGCUGUAGCGGUUCUACGGGGUAACCGAACCUCAGUAUUUUUGACAUUGGCUAUUCUGGCUCGAAUGGAAGAUGUAUGCUUGAGAGGCGUAUAUCCUCCACUGCUUGGAGACAGCGACGCUUGGAAAAGUGCCAUGACCUGCAUUGCUGAUUCCGUUACAUCGAAGCGUCUAAUCGUAAGCAAAGAAGUAAUGAACUCUCAUGUAGGAAUUGAUCUUCAAAACGCCUGGAAGACUGCCCAUGAACUGAAGGAGAUGAAUCAUAUCACCGAAUUCUUGAGAAAGCUUGCCCAAACCAAUGCGAACAAUCGUGCUGCACUUGAUCAAGGUAAUCUUGCUGGUCUUGAUCAAAGUAAUUAUAUUGAACUUGAUCAAAACACUCCUCCUGAGCUCAAUCAAACCAAUCCUCCGGAAUCCAGUCAAGAAAAUCGUACAGAUUCUCCCGCUGCUUCUGCAGCUUAAAUUUUUAUAUAUCGAGUUUUAAACUCUUUCUUUGUCUCUUGCUUCGAGUAUAUUUUGCCAUCAAACAUUUCUUCUCUAUACAAUCUUUUGUACCUAACCAUUGCCACAUACAUACUGUAACAAACGUGU